UUAUGUUUUGUAGACUAGUCUAGAUCAGAUUUCUAUUCUAGAUGUCUAAUAUCUAGAUUUAGAUCAAAGGAACACAAGACAGAGUAGAUCUAGAUCUAUAUAGAAUAAUAUUGAUCUAGAUCUGAAUCUAAUUUAUAUAUAUAUAUUAAAAUAUAUAAUCUAGAUCUUCUAAGUAUAGACUGAUAGAUCUAUAAGCUUUAGGAUUCUAGUAAUAAAUAAUUCUACACUGUAACUACACACAUCUCUAUAGACUGGUAUAGUAUACAUUCUAGUAGACAAAUCUAAAAAAAAAAGAGCAAGGCCUAAAUUAAAUUUGGCUGCUAAAUACCGGUACUGACAUAAUGGCUGGGAAUGGUUUCCAAGCAUCCUAUGCUAAUGAUAGACCACCAAGCUCAACUGGAAGUGGGGAUGGAGGAGAUGUAAGCACAGAUCCAGCUAGCAGUGGAUUUUUUACAAGUGAUUUCAAAAAACAUGAAGAUUUAAAAACAAUGUUGGACAGUAACAAAGACAGUCUUAAACUGGAGGCAAUGAAAAGAAUCAUUGGUAUGGUAGCUAAAGGCAAAGAUGCUUCAGAUUUAUUUCCUCCAGUGGUAAAAAAUGUUGUGUCCAAGAAUCUUGAGGUCAAGAAGCUUGUUUAUGUUUAUUUGACUAGAUAUGCUGAAGAACAGCAGGAUUUGGCAUUACUCUCCAUCAGCACUUUUCAACGAGCACUAAAGGAUCCAAACCAACUUAUCAGAGCCAGCGCUUUAAGAGUUUUAUCAAGUAUCAGAGUCCCAGUGAUAGCACCUAUUAUGAUGUUAGCAAUAAAAGAAGCAGUAAUGGAUAUGUCUCCCUAUGUUAGAAAAACAGCAGCUCAUGCAAUUCCUAAAUUAUAUAGCAUAGAUCCUGAAACAAAAGAACAGUUGAUAGAAGUUCUGGACAGAUUGCUUGCUGAUAAGACUACUUUGGUUGCUGGAAGUGCUAUCCAAGCCUUUGUGGAAAUUUGUCCUGAAAGGAUUGAUCUUAUUCACAAGAACUAUAGAAAAUUGUGUACUCUAUUAGUAGAUGUUGAGGAAUGGGGACAAGUGGUCAUCUUAAACAUGCUAACACGCUAUUGUCGAAUGCAAUUUGUUUCCCCUAAUCAAGAUGAGACAACAGGAGAGAGUGAACAACCCUUCUAUGAGGAUUCUGAUAAAGAGUCAGAUGCGGAAGACAAUGAAAAAACAAAAGAGAAUAGUAAGCAAAGCAAAAGUGAAAAGCCAAUAACAUAUGUCAUGGAUUCUGAUCAUAGACUUCUGCUACGACAAUCAAAGCCUCUCCUCAAUAGUCGUAACUCUGCUGUUGUAAUGGCAGUUGCACAGUUAUAUUAUCAUUGUGCUCCCAAGUCAGAAGUUGGUGUUGUAGCCAGAAGUUUGAUUCGUCUGCUUAGAAGUCACAGGGAGAUUCAGUAUGUUGUGUUGAGCAAUAUUGCUACUAUGACCAACAGGAGAAGGGGGAUGUUUGAACCUUACUUAAAGUCUUUCUAUGUCAGAUUCAGUGAUCCUUUACAUGUGAAGCUUCUAAAGUUGGAAAUUCUGACAAGCUUGGCAACAGAAACCAAUAUAUCAACUAUUCUUAGGGAAUUUCAGACCUAUGUAACAAGUACAGAUAAAGAGUUUGCCGCUGCAACUAUUCAGGCCAUAGGUCGUUGUGCCAGCAGCAUUGCAGAGGUUACAGACACUUGUCUCAAUGGGCUUGUCCGCUUGAUGUCUAACAGAGAUGAGGCUGUUGUAGCUGAAAGUGUUGUUGUUAUUAAAAAGCUUCUUCAGAUGAGGCCUAGAUCUUCUUCAAAGUCAAAGCCCUCUGAACACAAAGAUAUCAUUUGUUACAUGGCCAAAAUGGUGGACAAGAUAACAGUGCCCAUGGCAAGGGCCAGCAUUCUUUGGUUGAUUGGAGAAUACAGUGAGAGAGUGCCAAAAAUUGCUCCGGAUGUUCUUCGUAAAAUGGCUAAAAGUUUUAUCAAUGAGGAAGAUAUUGUAAAGCUUCAAGUCUUAAAUUUGGCUGUGAAACUCUGCAUCACUAACCCAAAGCAGGCUAAAUUGUUAUGCCAGUAUGUUCUAAAUCUAGCCAAAUAUGACCUUAAUUACGACAUUCGUGAUCGGUCUAGAUUUCUGCGUCAAUUUGUCAUUCCAUCAGAUAAACCUUGUGCUUUGGCAAAAUAUGCUAAAAAAAUAUUUCUGGCAACAAAGCCUGCACCAAUUUUGGAGUCACAAUUCAAAGCCCAUGAUAAUUACCAGCUUGGAUCUUUGGCCCAUCUGCUCAACAUGAAGACAACAGGCUAUCAGGAACUGCCUGAUUGGCCUUUGGUUGCUCCUGACCCAACAGUUAGAAAUGUUGAGCUUCCACCUACCUGGCAAGAUAAAAAAGAACAAACCAAAGGAAAGAAACAAAAGGCAUCAAGUACUGACAACAAGCCAUUUUACUCCUCAUCCUCUAGUGAUGAUGACAGUGACAGCAGUGAAGAGGACAGUGAUGAAGACACUGAUGAAGAUAAAGAGGAAGGUUCUAAUGAAGAAUCUGAAGAAGAUGCAGCAGCAACAGAUAGCUCUGAAGAGGAGAGUGAAAACUCAUCAGAAGAAGAAGAAAGUGAAGAAGAGUCAUCUGAGGAGGAGGAGGAGGAAGAAGAAGAAGAUUCCUCUGAUGAGGAUAGUGAAGAGGAAGUUAAAAAAGUUAGCAAAAAGCAGGAACCACCUAAACCAGUUCAGCCUAAAGUGACAUCCAAGUCUCCAUCUACUGACUUGCUGCUAGAUUUAGAUGAUUUGACCACAUCUGGACCACCUGUGUUGGGCUCUGGGAUUGCAGGAAAUCUUUUAACUCCAAUGGCAGCUGUUUCUGGCUCAGUGACACAACCAAUCGCUGCACAACCAGAUCAGUCCAAUAUUGUUCAAGGUGUGAAAGUUCAAUGUAAAACCUAUGAACUUCUCAAUCGUCUAAGUUCUGGAGGCUUGUCACUGACCUACAAAUAUACCCGCACCAUCUCCAUAUUUUCACCCAAACUAGUCACUCUGGAAUUGAUCUUCACUAACCAAAGUGAUGCUCCCUUUACAGCCAUUAAAAUAGGAGAAAAGAAAAUACAACCAGGAAUGGAGAUAAAUGAUUUUCCAGAAAUAGCCUCACUUGGUGUGGGAGCUUGUACCAGUGUUCUGAUGGGCAUCAACUUUAAUGAUACCACCCAGCCAGCUAGCUUUCAAUUAGUCACUGAGCAAAAGACAUACUCCCUCACCAUCUCUGCCCCAGUAGGGGAGCUCCUGCAGCCUCACACAAUGGGAGAGAAUGAUUUUAAGGCACAGAAAGCCAAACUUGGAGGGAUGAAUGAGAACCAGGAGAGCUGCGAUGUCCCUGAGAGCAAGAGAACACCACACAGUAUUUGUUCCGCUGUCAUGACUGUGGCAAACCUUCUCCAGGUGCCCUCGUCUGACCCCAGCAUCUUCAACUUUGCUGCUCACACCCUGGCCACUUCAACGCUGGUGCUGGUCUCGGUCAACACUGGGGGAAAGAAUGUCAAGGUCACUGUCAAUUGUGAAAAAAUGGUCAUUGGCUCCAUGCUCCUGAAGGAUAUCAAGCGAUCUCUGACCUCUUGAUGAUCCAGUUUGUUCAGCAUGUAAUGCUCUUGUAAUGUGAUAAAAAUGUUUUUUUUUAAUGUUUUUGUUUCAUUAAUGAGGUCAUUGAUUUCCAGUUUUCCUUAUGACUUGAUGAUUCAGUUUGCCAAACAACUUUGUAUGAAACUAUUCUCUUCCAUUGGUUUAGAUGAUAAACACAUGUGGUUACUUGAUGACCUGUACAUUACAGUAGAUAUUGUACCACCUGUAUUAUUUUUUUUCCUUAUUAGUUAUGAAAAUGGGUCUCAAGUACAACAGAUGUUGAAUGUGAUAAUCUAUUUGUGAGAUGUGAUCUAUUUGUCUGUGUGUUUGAUUUAGUGUCAUCAAAAACUUGUUUCUUUUCUUCAUACCACUUGGCAUUCCCUUUCUUGGAUACAUGUUGAUGUGCAAUAAUGUUUUUGUGCAGGCCUCUUUGUUUUCAAGUGGACUUUUUGUUUUAUUAUAUGUGCAGCACAAAGUGAUUGCAUUUCCUUGGGGAACAGUUUUGUUUGGUCUUUUGUGAAAUGUUUUUUUUUUUUUUUUUUGUAAUUUGUGAAAUGUUUUUUUUUUAAUUUUAAGUCAUUUUUUUUUGUCAUUCCAGAAGUGUAUUAAGAUUUAUUUGCUUGAAAAGGUAAUCAGAGAAGAUAUUUGUCAAUUGUAUUGAGAUCAGAUUUUUGAUAGCCAAAAACGUUUAAAUUUAAAUGUACUGUACUUUGCAUAUUUGCUUUGUUGAAAGACACUGCUAUAGGAGACAAUAAAGUUGAUUUCAUUUAGUACAUUUAGUGACUGUUACUUGACUUCAUUAUUUCCAUUGAAACAAUAGCAGAGAAACAUCUUGAUUGUGAUUUUGUAAAAUUAGAACUAAAUAAUUAAUUCCUGUUAUUAAAGGAAAGGAUACAUGCUUUAAAUGUUAUAAUUUGAAAGCUUGUUCAGCCUGAAGCUCUGACUUGAUUAUUGCUACUAUUGUCCUAUGGUGAAACAACUUGAAAGCUUCUAUUAAAAUGAAUACAAAUUAUUUAA